AUGUACGAAAACAGUGUGGCGGGAGUCGGUUUUGGUGAUGGUGGCGGUGGUGAAGUCGCUGGUGAUGGCCAUGUUGGCGGCGGAAUGUCGAUUAUGCUAGACAUGGUGGGUACGCAAUGAGGGCUACUAGUGUCCAGAUUGCAGUGAAAUCCGAUAUUGUGGAUACGCAUGCGACCUUUUAGGCCCAUACGGUAAGUCGCGGCAUAAGGGCAGUGUGAAAAGUAAAGGCAGAUGCGGCGAGUGUAAGAUAGUGUCCCAGGCACUGGUUCGUCAGUCGUAAUUGACCAACGAAACGAUGUGAGGGGUGAAUGUGCGAUCGUAAACUGGGCAGACGCGGGCCCAGUUCACAUCGCUGGUGUAGGCGUUGGCGAGGCUGAUGUUUGUCUGUGCGUCAGUAUUAUGUGCAGAUGAAUGGAAAGCUCUGGCCGUCGCAGAACUUGAACAGACAAAGAUAAAAACCCAAAGUUCAUCUAAAUAAAUAUAUUCCAGCAUUCUACUCUACGCGAUUUAUUUGAAUCUGCAAGUGCAUUACUUGCAACGGGAAAGGUCAAUAGCUCACUGACAACAGAUAGGAAACGAAGAAGGUACGGUCAGCUGCAAUGGACUCUGAGAUGUUCACUAACGUCUACCAAGCUACCUAAGUUAAAUAAGUAGCCACUUGACUAUCUGCAGGAAACUCGCGAAAGGAACGCCGGCCACGUACGAAUAAGAUGAACACCCAGACAUUUGUCUUGCAAUAACGGGAUAUUGGCGAUACGCAUGUCUGUAGAGAGUGCAAAAAACCGGUCGCAGUCAUGAUGAGUGGCCGCAAAUAUUGAAACAGCGUACGUACGAAAGGGAAUAUAACGUGCUUUAAUAGGAAAACUAAUGCUUGACUUCCGUUUACGAUGAAUAAAGGCUCAUAUCUCAAAAUGGCUUAACCUACUGUCUGAGGUCAGAAUAUUCUACUCACUUUAUCACGAAAAUGAGAUUUUCAUCCCUUACCUCCCUAUUCAUAUUCAAAAACAGCAACCAGGUCAUUUUCUACAGACAAAUGGGCAGUGAAUAUGUGAAUUGAUAAAUUAUGAGUCCAAAUUUAACUCAAUGAACCGAUUAUUGUGAGGAUAGUUCAAGUCUAAGCUUCUGUAUUUCUAUCUCUUCGCACAAAAUAUAGCGCGCAAUGAAUGAGAAUACAGAAGCUCGAUUAGCCGAUGUGCGACAUAACAUAAGUCGGAAGCUGCGGCGCAUCGGGCGGGAAAACUUCGCAAAAAUUAGAUCAAAAUGCAAGGGAUGGGCAAUGUCACCUAUAAUGCGACCAGCAAAUUGCUUGUCCGCGUUGACGUGUCGUUGUAAAAUAGUGUAAGCUAAAAAAAUAUAAGAGAACAAUAAGUGAACUUCCUUUGCCGGAAGGUCCGCGUCUUAUCCGAAGUUAAUUCCCACAUCUCCUUAAAAAAUGGUUUAAUCAACACAGUUUAAGUCGGUGUAAUGAAUUUGCCAGUCGUUCGGCAAGUAACCGUACAAUAAGCACCUCACGAAACCCCUUCUCACGAAGCAGAACAUGGAUUCAUUAAAAUUACCCACCAAUAUAUCUACCAAACCGAUUAUUCUACCCGUUAGCGGCAAACAAUGGACUAAAUUACAUUUUCCCUAAUUUCCGGAAUGUCGCUUAUAGCUCUGAUGAGUUGUCUUUUCAUAAGAUGCUUUUCUCGACUGCUUCCGUCAAUUCUUCCGCUUCAGAGUACGUCUACAAAAGGCAAGGAGCCUUCUGCGUAUACUUUUAUCGUAAACCUGGUCGAAUAGUAUGCUUGAUUUGCGGCAUUAAAGAGUGUGGCUUUUUGGUCUCUCUAAUGGUAAUGACGAAGAUAUCAUUGAUGAAGUGACCGCAGUGCCUUAACUUAUUGAUGUGGUCGUUUAACUAAAUUUUUUCUAGAUUACCCAUGAAAACAUUGUCUUGGAGACGACAAAGAUGCAAUCUCAUAGCAAGUUCGCCAAUUUGUUGAUUUAUCUUGUUGUCAAUUUUUUAUUGUUAUAUCACUCAGUAACAUGAGGGCAGUUUUAGUGCGGAUUAGAAAACAGACAGAAUUGCAGAGAGCACCUCUUCUGCGGCAGUGUGGGUGCACCAGAUCUCGUUCAUUCCCGCUUUGCGUGAGGACGAAAUUAGGGGUUGUGUCCUGGUCUGAUUGCUGUCUUCCUAGUGGUCCACAUCUGAACGCUCGCAGGGAACCUCUGAAGGUUUUGCGUAACCUGAGUGCGCGCUAAUUGCUGACUCACGCGCGGGCCUGUUAGGCGAGACUGGCCUACGUGUUUGCGGCCUCGGGGUUCUCCGUCAGGCGUGAUGGACGGACGACAACAAUGCUGCGUCGUGUUGUGGACCGCCAAGUCAUUUAUAGUUCUGUGUAUAAUAAUGGACGUUGACGAGAGUACGUCGUGAACGUGUCAUGUAGCGUGGGCGAUACCGGAUACGUGGCCUAGUUUAAAGAAGGAUAAAUACAUUUUUCAGUCCUUUACAAAUUACCUGUCGUGAUCCUUCGUGGUCAUGAACACUUCUGGCUCUUUCACGCCUAAUCAUGUAUACACUAUUGGUAGUACGGGUUCUAGCUAAAAGCACAUGCAUGAAUUUAGCGGGUAUUUUGUCUUAUGAUAAAUCGUCACUGAAUCAUCAUUCACCUUCAGAGCUUUUGGCGGCGUUAUGGAGGCUAUGCAGACUUGUGCAAGAUCUCAGCCACAUUUUCAACCUCAAGAUAAAAACAAACUUUGUUUUUCCCCGACGUGCCUACGAGCCUAAAGAUAGGUCAAGUUUCGGAAUUUUCCAUACCCACCGUGAAUUUCUGCAAAAAGCUUCUGUACUUGACAGACAUAUGUGGUAUUUCUCCAACAACAGCCACACCAAGGAAAUACGUAAAGCUGAUCUUAUUUGCCAGCCACAAUUCUUAUAGUAACGCGCUUUGACUUUUUCACCGUUUCUCAAACCAAAUGCAUGUUCUGGAAAAAAUUGCAUUUUAACCGUUAGUUUAAUUAAUGGCCGUUCCAUGUGGUCGUUUUUCAAUCAGCCUCGCCAAGUGCUUUUUAAGUUUGUACAGUAAAUUUGUAACUUCUGUGUCGCUAGUAUUCCCUUGCGUUCGGUUUAAUUUCCCAGAGGUUUUGGUAUAUGGAGGUUUUUUGCGAGGUACUGUUUUAAUUGGUACUGAUGUAAGGCAUGCAAGCGCAUAUGGACCAAAAUUAAGAUUUGUACACAUAAUCCGGGAAAAAGCGAUAAGUCAUACUCAAUUUUUUUGUCUGCGUCCGUCUAUGACUGUUCAGUUCAUUAUAAUGUACUCAAGAAAUAACUAUUGUUAUGUAUGCGAAACAGAAGGUUAAUUGGAAAUAGGACUUGUACUGAGUAUGAUAUACAGCACAAGUGAGGAGGCUUGUAGACACGGCGGGGAAAUAUCAAGGAGGACUGUCAUAGGCUUAUGGGUGGCCAAUCAGCACAACGAAGGUCUGAACAGGGGGACAUGACCUUGAUCGUUCGCUUGUCAUGCGUAUGUGGCAUGAUGUCCUGUCGGCCCGGGCAGGAUAUGCUGCCUCCCUCCACCCUAAAUUGGAGAGCAUGAGGAGGAGGUGGGGAAACAGUAAAGGUAAUAGUGGAUAGUUAGAAAAUGUUCUAAUAAGAUUCGGCCUGAAAGCGUUGGACAGGUUUGCCGAUUCGGGUCGACCUUCUCAGGGCGGUAUUUUUUACCUUUGCGUCGCUUUGUGCAGUCACUGGCUCCUAUGCCGCUAAGGAGGAGGAGGAACAUACGCCUCGGUCGUCGUCGUCGUAGUGCUCUGUGCAGGCAGUAGGUGUUCAGUCCUCGGAAUUUCAGGAUCCCUACCAACGGUUGCUGCCAGUUCGAACUUUCCGAAUUCUCCACUUACCGUGUCCGUUCGGCUGCGAAAUGGGUCCAGAUGUCGACGCACAAUUACCCCAUCUUCUAACUCUUAUUGCACUCUUUUUACCUCGCUUGUUCGAACUACCGCUGGACACCAAUUCGUUUCGUUUUCCAGUCGCGUGCGGACAAUUUCGUUAGGCGCGACGUCUCGUGGUCGGGUGUUCGCAUCAUAUCAUGCUUUCAUCUUCGUCUGCUUUGCAAUGACUCUAUCAUGCGUUGACGGAUAAAGGAGGGCGAGUCUUGUGCGCAACUGCCGCUUGAACAUCAAUUCUGCAGGCGAAGCACCAGUUGCGUCGUUUGGUGUUAUGCGAGAGCUGAACAGAAAACGUGACAACUUGGUGGCCAAGUCCGCGUCCGUCUGCUUGGCUAGUCCAUGCUUUAUUGUCUGGACUGCACGCUCUGCGUGGGCAGAAGAAGCAGCGUGGUACGGGGCAGUAAUUAAAUUUCUUAUUCCAUUUUUUCCACGAAAUCUUCAAAUUCUGCACUAGUAAAAGCUGGGCCAUUGUCUGAAACGAUCAUUUCAGGUAUCCCAAAAUUGGGAAAAACUGUUCGCAGCUUGUUGACUGUAGUCAGUAGAGAACAAGUAUUUCCUGCCAGAUUCGCAUGAAUCCAUUUAGUGUGGGCGUCAACUACCACCAAAACCAUAUGGUCUUGGAAUGUCCCAAAAUAAUCGACGUGUACACUCUUCCACAGAGAGUCGGGCCAGGCCCGAGGCUUUAGAGGAACCUUCGGUAAGGUUUUCUGUGUUUUUUGGCACACGUGACAUGCUUUUAUCACGUUUUCUGUAUCUGCGUCAAUUUUGGGCCACUAAACACAGCUGCGGGCGAGAGCUUUCAUUCUAACUUUACCAGGAUGAUCACAAUGCUGGUCUCUGAUGAUGACCAGAGUCAGGCUAGUAAUAAAAUCACGGACACAUUGAUUGGAUUCUUGACGCAUUCGACAAAACCGGUACUGACCGAGAAAGACGUUGUCUUUUCCUCCCCACGCUGACUCGAGUUUUGUGAAGGCUGUUUGGAGAUCUAUAGGCUUUUGUAGAUUGAGGAUAUCGAAAUAUCAUUGUCCCAACUCUCCGAGAUUCGUCCGGAGGAGUUUCAACUUAGAUAGGAUGUCUAUUACUAUCGUGGGUGACAAAAUCGCGAGUAGUUCAAUAUAAUCCUCAGACGUCUUCCUCCAUUGCAACCACGAGUCAUUUGAGGGCUUCUGGGUGUUCUUUGGCCAGAAAGGUAACGGUGUAGGCAGCAAUGAAGACAUGUUCGUUAGGCUGCGUCGCCAAUGUUAUGUAUGCAAAACAGAAGGGCAAUUGGAAAUCGGACGUGUACUGAGUACGAUAGGCAGCACAAGUGAGGAGGCUUGGGGAAACGGCCGGGAAUAUGGCAAGGGGGACUGUCAUAGGCUGAUGGGUGGCCAAUCAGCACAAAGAAGGUGUAAACAGUGGGACAUGACCUUGAUCGUUCGCAUGUCACGCGUUUGUGGCAUGAUGACCUGUCGUUCCGGGCAGGAUAAGCUGCAAAUUUGGCUUGCAUUUUAAGGAGUUUACAAUAUUAACCUACAAGUGCUGCAUUCACCUUGGAAAAUGGAAAAUAGGAAACAUAGAUGCUGUCGGAUAAGAUGGCUUGAAGGCUGGUUUCUCCUAGCAUUGCGACGGCCUCAAGCGGUAUACGGCAUCAAGAACUGGCUCAAACUAAGUAAGACGAAUGUGUGGCGCAUAUUGGGGAUGGGGCGGAUUUUCUCGCUCAGAUCAUAGAGUAAUUAGUGGGAAAGGAGUAAAUGCGGCAUUGGAUAAUUUAUUCUUACUCAGUCGAAAUACCUAUAUGGGCUGGAUUUUGAACUAAUGCCUCUUAUGCAGGACGUAAGCGUGGUGAAAUCACGGCCAAUGGCGAAAGUAGGACCCGACGACGCGCCAAACAGAGGACCACGCCGAUGGCGUGAUACAUCCGUGAAGUUCGACCUCCGACCAGGGUGUACCGUAGCGACGAGCACGAGUGGUGGCUUCGCUCAGGCGAGCAAGCCGAUCAAUGGCUGGUCGAACGUUCGAGACUUCCCCGGGGAAUUCUGGCGGCCGCGACGGCCCAUCAUCAAACGGUGCGCGAUUGGCCGGAACGUUCUAGAACGCCCUCAACUGCUUUCAUGACAUUGUUCGGAAUGCUGAAGAACGCACAGGGCCUAACAUAAAUGAGUCGCCGUAUUGACGAGAAGCGACUCCCUGCGUUCGCAUGCUGUGAAUAAAGAGCUUGUUAAUAUAAGUUUGUGACUGCAGUGUGACUGUUCUGUUGUGUUGUGGCUAUUGUGAGACAGUUGUGUAAGGCCGCUCUGUCGGCGAUGAUUGCAGCAGUCGAAUCAACCCUUUGUCAGACGGAGGCAACAGAGGAGACUAAGAGCCUCAUCCGACACCAAGUGUCGUCUCUCCUGAUGGCCCACAGUCCGCGGGAAGUUCUUUCCAAGGUCGAGCGUAAUGCGCUUAGAUAACGCAAGGCCGAUAACGACGUGGUCAUCGUGCCAGCAGACAAAGGACGCGCUGCAGUUGUACUGGACAGGACAGACUACCUUCAAAAAACCAAAGGUUUACUGGAGAACCGACAUAUCGAUGUCCCUUGUGCAACGAACCCUUUAAAGGCGCUGAAACGCGAAAUUAAUGCUACGUUGCUGGCCUUGGAGAACACAGGUGCAAUAACACCGACCGACAGACGCAUGGCGAGACCCCAAGAUACCGCUUUAGCCCGAUUCUAUGGCUCCCUAAGGUGCACAAAGACGGCGCUCCUCUCCGACCCAUCGUGUCGCUAAAAGGGACUCCCACGUACGGACUGGCUAAGCGGCUGUUCCGGUGUCUUAAGUUCCUGACCGCUGAGUCAGACACAACGGUCUCUUCGUCAGCACAAUUCCUGGAGAAACCCAAAGGGGUAAGCAUCCAUCCAAAUGAGGUCAUGAUAUAUUUUGUUGUUACAUCCCUUUUUACUUCUCUUCCCCAGGACCUACCGAUCGAGACAAUUGAGCUGCUAGUACAAAGCAAAUACGAUGAAACGGAGAACCGUCUAGGACACGCCCAAGUCCUUCAACUCUUGAAGCUCUGUCUCAUGACGAACUUCACUUUCGACGGGACAUUCUGCGAACAGGCGAAGGGCACAUCAAUGGGUUCGCCGAUUUCGGGAUUCUUCGCCGAGGCGGUCCUGCAAUGGUUAGAGUCGCUGAUCUUCCAACACCACAGACCGAAAUUCUGGGCCCGGUAUGUGGAUGAUACCUUCGUCGUCAUCGAACGGCAUCGGGUGUUGACAUUCAAGGAACAUCUCAACGGCAUCUUCCGGGACAUUCAAUUUACGAUGGAGGAGGAAGAGAACAAUCAGCUGGCCUUUCUGGAUGUCCUCGUAUGUCGCAAAGAUUGCGGUGGACUAAAAACCAAAUGUUCAGGAAAGCGACAAAUACGAUGCAAGUUCUUAACUUCAACAGUAACCACCCAACCAGCCACAAACGCAGUUGUGUAAGGACGCUCUAUCGGCGUGUCGAAACGCACUGCAGUGAGCCAGAAGACAAAAUUGCUGAACUACAAUACCUCCGACAGGUCUUCAAAGCCAAUGGCUACCCGCGCAACUUCGUCGACCGAUGCAUACGCAAAAGGGACAUGGACACUAAGUCUUGGCGGGCACUUCCGUAUGUCAAGAACGUUUCGGAAGCUGUCGGCCGCCUUCUGGCACCACUUGGGGUUGAAGUUGCACACAGACAAGAUGCAACCAUCAGGCGUCUGGGCAUGAAACCGAAAGACCCACUGCCACGGCUAGAAACGUCUGGAGUGGUUUAUCGGAUCUGGUGCAGUUGCGGACAAAGCAACUUCGUCGUAGAAACCGGAAGACAGCUCCGAACGAGAAUGGGCGAACACGCGGCAGCGGUGCGCAGAAAUGACGCCAGCUCUCAAGUUGCGGCCACACAUUCAAAUUCGAUGAGGCCGAAAUUAUCGCAAGAGAUGACAACCACGUGAGCCGGGAGCUUUUGAAAUCAUGCUUUACUGGCCCCCCGUCCAUCAACAUGUGCAACGAUCUUCCCACUCAAUACUCCUUGCCAAAACUUCGCUUAGGCCGAGUAAUAUAUCAUGCGGGGAGCGCAGAAGUGAACACUUUUCCCAACACCGGGGUUAGUGCGUCAGAUGGUCGAGAAAUCAUCACGCCAACAUCCAACGCACGUGAGGAAAUUUCAGCAAUUGUCGACUCGACUGUCGGCCAUCAAGCAAUGAUCACACCAAGUGCGACGAUCCCGGAUGAAGGGGGGAGCCGUGGAUGUUGAUCGGUAUGCAGUAGCGUGGCUACUGCAUCCUAUAAAUACCGCAGCCCCUUGUGCAACAACGACCCGUUUCUGCUUUGUUGUCUCUGAUGAUGGAUUCGAGUAGGAAUCUGAAACGUCAGGCUAAUAAAGCUCUUGUUCCGGCUAUCGUGUGUCCUUCUUCAAAGCGCUUGUUCUCCGAACGUGCUGUUUUUCUGUCCAAACUUCCUUUCGUAUCAUAACAAAGUCCAUCUCAUGCGCAGCGCAUGGUCAAGUCCAGCUGUCGGCGAGUCAGCAGUUUGCGAAAGUAGCACCCGACGGCGCGCCAAACAGAGGACCAAGCCGGCGCGUGAUACAUCCGUGAAGUUCGACGGCCGACCAGCGUGUACCGUAGCGCCGAUCACGAGUGACGGCUUUGCUCACGCGAGCGAAUCGAUCAAUUGCUGGUCGAACGUUCGAGACUUCCACGGGGAAUUUGUGCGCCCGCGGCGGCCCAUCGGCAACCGGCGCGCGGUGGGCCGUAACGUUCUAGAACGCACUUAACUGCUUUCAUGGCAUUGUUCGCAGGCUGUGAAUUAAGCGCUUGUUCAGCGAACCAGCUCUUUUUCUGUCAAAACUUUCUUUCGCAUCGUAACAAAGUCCAUCUUAUGUGCAGCGCAUGGUCAAGUCCAGCUGUCGGCGCGUCAGCAGUUUGCUCUUUCGUGAAUACUUUGCUUGGUAUAAUAAAUUUAAUAAGCAUUUCCAAAUACUGAUCAACAUAAAUUUAUCAUAAAAUAAAACUUAUGGGUAUUUAAACGACUCCCUUAGGUAAGCGGUUUCGGUCCAGAUCGUAGGGAGAUUAGGGAAACGAAUGUGAUCAAGGUCUUAGUUAAGGGGAAAUGCCAAGGUUGACAAUUCUAAUCAGCCCCAAUUUAGGGAUUGAGUUUGGAGUCAGUUUUGAUCAUGGUUAUUACCACGGGUAAGGGCAUGUUGCUAAUUGCCACUUUUCCUGGAAUCGAUGGCAAAGCCGCAUUAAUUUCAGUGGCCUGCGUCUUAUUAUUGCACAGUUUGCGUAUACAAUAUCCGCUUUCUCAAGUCUGGAUUUUCAGACAGACAUUCUGUGACACAUUUACCGUUCAAACUGACAUUGAUAAAACUUUUAUCCCCUUUUAGAACCUUCUAUGUUGUCAUGACGAGAUUAUGGAUUUCGCUGUAGUAGGAAGUACUUUCACCUUCUAGGAUGCCAUUCACAAUAAAUGCAAAAUGUCACGACCACGAAUUUUCGUAGAAUUAACAUCAGUUCAAAUGUCGUACAAGAUGCAGGCGUCUUGGCUAAAAAGAAUUUGAUAUUAAGGUGAAAUCUAAUAGUGAAUAUACGGAUCGAAUGGAGCGUCUGGUUAAAUCUACCGCAUCGAUGCCGACAGACGGUAAUAAGACGUGGAGACGGGGAGUAUGAAAGUGGAAAUCAUCACGUGACGUCGAAAUUACUGAGGCGAAACACUGAGUUGUUGUUUGGACGUCAAGCGGAGGAAAAAAAAUAUUGCGACGAGUUAUUCACAGUCGGGCUAGAAUAACUUUAUCUAAAAGUUUCCGUGACACGGUUCGAGAAUAAAGACAGUGCAAGCGCCAGAAGAAGAAAAAAGUGUAGUUGACGGCCAAUAACAUUUCCGUAAAAAAGGCUUCAACAUUAUAAAUAGCGAACGAAAACGAAAGACAGGUUAAGAACAGCUUUCAAAUGCUAAGUAUCACGCAUUGGAUCAGGAAGUUCAGGGCAUGUGUGGCAUACAUGCUAUUAUUAAUAGGUAAGUCUAGGAAGAAAGACGGCAACAAAAUUAUCCAAAAACUAAAAGAAGAACAAUAGUAUAGGAAGAAAGGCAAAAACUUCCAAUGUUCAAUAGCAAAUAACUAAGAGAAAAAGCUGUGCAAAGAAAAAAAAGCAAAAAUACAUAACUGUUAUCGAGAAAAAGAUUCAAAUGGAUAUUUAUUUACUUCCAGCAAGCCCAUCCAAAUAUCCAACCUAUGAAGCACCAACCUAUGAACUGUGCAAGGGGGAACACACAGAAUGCACAUCUGUCACGUACAGAGCAGAAGACGAAAGCAAGGGUUCAGGCUGUCGUUUAGCCUGCGCAAGACAUCGAGAUAUGUACCUUCUUAACUCAUGCAUUCCUUCUUUUCGUCAACUCUGUGUGUUAAGUCUUGCUAAUUUACAUGUCCGUACGCAAAGGUAAACUUUAUGUGUCACUCGAACGAUUGCUUUUCCUUCAGAUAACCUAACUGAGAAUUUGACCGUUUACUUCUGUGAGAAACCUGACAAGCCCUGUAUGCCCUACACCGUUUUUGGACGGCAAGAUUAUAGCGAGAACUUCGAAAGACACGUGAUGUGUGUCAAGGUUUGCCACUUUGUCGGAAAGGGUAAGCUACCACAUCGUACGCCAGGUAGUCUUGCGGCUUCUUCUACUUGUCCGAUAAAAUGCUUCAUACAUUUGCCUGGGUUUGCCAUAAAUUAUUGCAAGUGUUUCUACGCAGCUAACUACCUUACCUCAGACAAAAAUAUUGUUCAAUUUUAGCUGAGCAUAGCGAUGCGAAUUCAAUUUCACUGUGCUCAAACACUAAGGACCCAUGCGCUGACAUAAAGAGAGUAAAUGGAAGUUUUGAUGCCUUCAGCAGAUGCGCUUUCAAAUGUGAUGGAUGGACAAAUCGUAAGUUUUUUAAGAUUUUAUCAUAAGAAAUGUGAUAUUGUUUUCAAUGUUAUCAGUAUUGCAUGCCCAGCUGCUCUGGUUGUUACGUAGUGUCAUUUUGUUGAAGCCGAAAACAGUCGGGAAAACACAGCCUUCUUCACAAUUCAGAACGGUUCUUUGGAGGAAGGCAAAUACUUUUCGAACCCAAAGGCUGGAAAUGCGUUUGCCGGCCUGAAGAACUGCUUCGGAACUUGCAUAUCAGGUGAUGCGCAAUUUUCAUUUUAUAAAUUUGCCGAUUCUGCUCUGCUUAUUUCCCAAGUACUCGCAUUUUUCAAUUCGCCAUCCCGUUUGUCGACUCUUGGACAUUUGUCAUACUGAUUCUUAUUAUCCUUAAUCCUCUUGCGCAUAUCUACGUGCGAAUGCGUUUGCGUUUCUAUCUUUUUCCUGUCAAGCUACCUUUUCAGUUGCUCUAUUUUAGUGCUAUGUUCGUUUUGAAUAUGACAUACUUCAUAUUUUCUCUGUGCGGUUGUUGAUUAUAAUCGGAUUGUCGGUAGAAUGCUUAUUCUUCAUAUGCGUUUCACACGCAUUACGCAAUUCCCGCUAGUAAAUAAACUCUUCUGUACAUAUGUCUGUCCGUCCUCAUAUGAUAUCAAUUGCUUUUUUAUUUUAGCUUAA